UAAAAGCAGAGUGGCAACUCAGAGAGUGAUAUUUGAGGAGAUCUGCAGCUGGUUUGCAGGUGUCUUUGUGGACUCUGGCUGUCUUAGAUUUACAACCUGGGCCUGGAAGCACCACACACAGCGAGGCAGGUUGUAGGGACGAUGUCCUCUGAGCCCCAGGGCCUGUCUUUGCCAUCUGUAAGCAGCAGCAACAGCUCACCAAUUCCUUCUCCGGGUGAACUACAAUCCUUUGACCAUCUAGGGUCACUCUACUUUCAGAUGCCAGAAUCACAGUGUCACCAGAGCUAUGUUGGAGAAGGGUUUCCACCGUACUCCCAAAGAGAAAGCUUUCCUUACAGGCAGAAGAGUGCCGAGCACUUUCGUAGACACAGACCAGAUGGAAGCCCUGUCGGACAAGAAUCUGGCCUAAUGGAGAACAAUCACUACCAUCCAUACAGGCGUCAAUGCAGUGAAGGGGCCAUCAGUGAGGUUCAAACCUUCAGUUGUCUUAGAAGAGCUGGAUUGGCUGGGAAACUCACCACGACUGAUGGAAUGGAGGAAGAAUCUUCUUGGACUCCAUUAAGCGCUGAUGUGGAGACCACCAGUGUCAUGAGAAAUCAACUCUCCUACAGUGAGCCUCAGACGAGCUCUGAAGAACCUCCCGGCUACACAUCAGUGAACCAUCAGACAUUCAGUCCCAUCAGUACCCAUCAGUUAUACUCUUCAAGAGCAAUAGACACUAUUUCUCACUAUUAUAACCAAAGCCUCUCAUCACAAACAUCUCAAGACAAUUCUGUGCAGACACUCUACCCUAAACCUGUAUACUCUUACAGCAUUCUCAUCUUCCUGGCUCUCAGGAAUAGCAAAACAGGCAGUCUACCAGUAAGUGAGAUCUACAGCUUCAUGACACAGCAUUUCCCCUACUUUAAGACAGCACCUGAUGGCUGGAAGAAUUCUGUCCGACACAACCUCUCUUUGAACAAAUGCUUUGAGAAAGUGGAGAACAAGAAUGGGAACUCCUCCAGAAAGGGCUGCCUGUGGGCCCUGAACCCAGCGAAGGUACAGAAGAUGCAGGAGGAACUUCACAAGUGGAGACGUAAAGAUCCCCUGACUGUCAGAAGGAGCAUGGCCCGACCAGAGGAGCUGGAACGCCUUCUUGGGGAGAGACCUGAAAAAAUGAAGUCUCUUGGAGCUCACUUCAGUCUACCAAGCAGCCAUUCACAUUCUCAACCUUUAAGAGUUGCUAUGCAUCCUGCCUACGGACACCAACCUGUCCAUGAUACUAGUGUUCUGCAACAGAAGUCUCUCUACAACCCUUUACCCUCUCAAACUGCCAUCCCGCCUCCCCCCUACUUAUCCCCAGACGCUUUAUCUUUCUCAUAUUACCCUCCUGUCACCCAUCAGCCCAUUGCCGGGCAUCCCUCCAGUCCCAGGACAGGCAGCAUGGAUUCUCCCUUACCAGCACACACCCCACCGAGCUACAGCACCGCCCUGCAGGCUGGUCACAGCGCUUCAGCGAACAUGCAGGAGCUUCUGCUGGAUGGAGAAAUCAGUAAUGAUGUCGAUGCAUUAAAUCCCAGCCUCACAGAUCUACAAUUACAUGGGAAUCUUUGGGAGGAGCUAAGGAAUGACAGCCUCGCUCUGGAUUCACUGGUAGUCAUGGACAGUCCCACUCAAACAGGGGAUAGCAUGGGGGUCUGUGUGGGUUUAGCGGAGACUGACGGUGGGGUGCAAGGCAGCAUUUCUGAGCUUUAUCUCAGCGGGCUCUACACAACCCCUAUUCCACUGCUAUGAGAAAGAAACAUGUAUGUUGCAUACCAUGUCAUCUUUGUUUUCCAAAAUAGAAAUAGUUUAUGUUAUUUGUAAAAAUGACAUUGGUUUUAAUGUUUUAAAUACUUAAAUGUAGUAUGCUGUCAAAUUCUACUUAACCAGUGGUCCUACACUGAAAAAAAGCCAGGGAAAUUAAUUACCAAGCAAGUAACAAAUUGAGUUAAACAUGAAAUUUGGAAGUAGAAUAACUAAAUAGUAUUUUCUUGUAAAACAUACUCCAGUAAUGUUUAUUUUAAUUUACAACUUGUAUUUUUUUUUAUUAUUUUAUUUAUUUAUUUUUUACAGUGUGCCAACCUUUUUGACUCCAAUGAUGUAUUGUCUAUAGGAAUUGUUAAAGACACCAUGACAUUUCUGGAUAAUGAUUAAGGAUAAAUAUUUUUUACUCACAAUUUCUACAUAACUAGAAACAUUUAUAUUCAACUGCCCAUGAAGUUAUAAGAUUUCAUCAAUUCACAACUUUUCUAAGUCUAGAUCUUACCUUUAUA